CCUCUACAAGGCUCAUUUUCAAGACGCACUUGUCCCCACUUGGCGAUUUCGUUGCGACAGUAUUCUACCCAUAAUCCCCCAUUUCAAGCCAUCCACCUUAGAAACUCAACAUGUGGCUGUCAGACGCGCAAAAAAUUGGUGUGGCUCUCACCACCUUUGGAGGGCUCUUUAUGCUUCUAGGCGUGAUGAUGUUCUUUGACGGCGCACUACUCGCCCUCGGAAAUAUUCUCUUCGUUUCUGGACUCACACUGAUCAUUGGACCUAAGAAGACGUUCUAUUUCUUUGCCCGCAAGCAGAAACUAAGAGGAUCCAUCUGUUUUCUUGGCGGUAUUGUGCUCGUCUUCUGCAAGUGGCCGUUCAUAGGAGUUAUUGUUGAAACCUUUGGAUUCUUGAACCUAUUCGGUGACUUUUUCCCGGUCGUGAUAACAUUCCUGAGGCAACUACCCUUCAUUGGGACGCUGUUGUCUUUGCCGUAUAUUCGUGGAGCCGUAGAUCGCCUCGCGGGGUCACGCACGUCCGCAGUAUGAUAUUGCACAUUGGAAUCUACAGUAAUUUACGAAUCACACGCUUGAGCUUUAGAUGUCUGUUCAUUCUAAUACAUUUCCAACGGAUAUUGGUUCCGCUUG